AUACAUCAGAUACAUCGGGCGUUGCAUUUCGUGUCAAAAGUUCAGCAACAGUAGUCGAUUUUAUAUACAAUCCGAAAUAUAUAUACAUCUGCUUUCGAUCCGCCUCAGUAUUUACACGGUAAUGUAGGUCAGAAACAACAAAUGGACAUCAAUUCACCUUCGCGACUGGAGAAGAAAAUUCAAUUAAAAGUGAAAAGCUGGCGAUUGCAUUCGCAUUCGCAUCUCUUGGAUAAUCGUCGAGAAAUUACGGCCAUCGAACGGAUGGGCCAAAAGGUGCCAGUGGAAAGUGUUUAAUCGAUAGUGAAAAGCGCCAAAGUGAAAAUCAACUGUCACUGCCUUGCAGCAUUUGCGAUAGUGGUCGAGCCCAGGAGUCAUCGCAUCCCUUGGUGUGACUCACCACCCAGCACCCUUAACUCGUCCUCGAACGCGAACUUCAACUCCUCAUCCUCUUCGCGAGAGUGGCCCAGUGUUCGCUCCAGUGCAUUGCACUGCAAUUAACCUAUUAAGUUCGGAGUUGUUGGCCACAAAAUGGAUUUCUAUGUCAACAACAAAGAGAUGCACUCGGCCAGCACCGUGCGCAAGAUGUUGGAGGACACCCAACUGGUGUGGGUGCGAGAUGCCGGUGAGGGCUACAUACAGGGCCGGAUCACGGAGAUCGGCGCCAAGGAGUUCGAGGUAACGCCAACCGACCGGAAGUAUCCCAAACGCACGUGUCACUACGAUGACAUUCACUCCUCGUGCGACGGACCCCAGGAUCACGAUGAUAAUUGCGAACUUAUGCUGCUCAACGAGGCCACAUUUCUGGACAAUCUGAAAACACGUUACUACAAAGACAAGAUCUACACGUAUGUGGCCAACAUAUUAAUCGCCGUGAAUCCGUAUCGUGAGAUCAAGGAGCUCUACGCACCCGAUACCAUCAAGAAGUACAAUGGCCGUUCUUUGGGUGAACUGCCUCCUCAUGUCUUUGCAAUUGCGGAUAAAGCCAUACGGGAUAUGCGAGUCUACAAGUUGUCGCAAUCGAUCAUCGUUUCCGGAGAGUCGGGUGCCGGCAAGACAGAGUCCACCAAAUACCUGCUAAAAUAUUUGUGCUACUCGCACGAUAGCGCCGGCCCCAUAGAGACCAAGAUAUUGGAUGCUAACCCUGUGCUAGAGGCCUUUGGAAAUGCGAAAACCACCCGCAACAAUAACUCGUCUCGUUUCGGAAAGUUCAUUGAGGUGCACUACGAUGCCAAGUGCCAGGUGGUCGGUGGUUAUAUAUCCCACUAUCUGCUUGAAAAGAGUCGUAUCUGCACUCAGAGCACCGAGGAGAGAAACUACCAUGUGUUCUACAUGCUCCUAGCCGGAGCACCGCAGCAGCUGCGCGAUAAACUCAGCUUGGGCAAGCCGGACGACUAUCGGUAUCUCUCUGGGUGCACUCAGUACUUUACCAAUGCCAAAACUGAACAGCUGAUACCGGGCUCACAAAAGUCCAAGAAUCACCAGCAGAAGGGCCCGCUCAAGGAUCCAAUUAUCGAUGAUUACCAGCACUUCCAGAACCUGGACAAGGCCUUGGGCCGGCUUGGUCUCUCAGAUUCCGAGAAGCUGGGUAUCUACUCCCUGGUGGCGGCUGUGCUCCAUCUGGGCAAUAUUGCCUUCGAGGAAAUACCAGACGAUGUGCGUGGCGGAUGCCAGGUGUCGGAGGCUUCGGAGCAUUCACUGACCAUCACCAGCGGACUGUUGGGCGUUGACCAAACGGAGCUGCGUACAGCUUUGGUGUCGCGUGUGAUGCAGAGCAAAGGAGGUGGCUUCAAGGGCACGGUUAUUAUGGUUCCUCUGAAGAUCUACGAGGCGAGCAAUGCUCGGGAUGCAUUGGCAAAGGCCAUCUACAGUCGCCUCUUCGACCGCAUCGUGGGCCUGAUCAAUCAGAGCAUUCCCUUCCAGGUCUCUAACUUCUACAUCGGCGUACUCGACAUUGCUGGUUUUGAGUAUUUCACGGUGAACUCGUUUGAGCAGUUCUGCAUUAAUUACUGCAACGAGAAGCUGCAGAAAUUCUUCAACGAUAAUAUCCUGAAGAACGAGCAGGAGCUGUACAAGCGUGAGGGACUCAACGUUCCGGAGAUUACAUUUACCGAUAACCAGGACAUCAUCGAGCUGAUCGAGGCCAAGUCGAAUGGCAUCUUCACGCUGCUCGAUGAGGAGUCUAAACUGCCGAAGCCCUCGCCCUGUCACUUCACCGCCGAAGUGCACAAGUCCUGGGCGAACCACUAUCGUCUGGGCCUGCCACGAUCCUCGCGCCUGAAAGCCCACCGUACUUUGCGGGAUGAGGAGGGUUUCCUGGUGCGCCACUUUGCCGGAGCCGUUUGCUACAACACGGAGCAAUUCAUCGAGAAGAACAACGACGCCUUGCACGCCUCUCUAGAGGGCUUGGUGCAGGAAAGCGAGAACCCCCUGCUGCAGACCCUUUUCCCCUCGGGCAGCAGCACCUCGGUUCGUGGCAAGCUCAACUUUAUCUCCGUGGGCUCCAAGUUCAAGACGCAGCUGGGCGAGCUGAUGGAAAAACUGGAACAGAAUGGCACCAAUUUCAUUCGAUGCAUCAAGCCCAACAGCAAAAUGAUUGACCGUCAGUUCGAGGGCAGUCUGGCGCUGGCUCAGCUCAAAUGCUCGGGCACCAUUUCGGUCCUGGAACUCAUGGAGCAUGGCUUUCCCUCGCGAGUGCUUUUCGCUGAUCUGUAUAGCAUGUACAAGUCGGUGCUGCCGCCAGAGCUGGUUUCUCUGCCGGCUCGCACCUUCUGCGAGGCCAUGUUCCAAUCGCUCAACCUGAGCGCCAAGGAUUUCAAGUUUGGCAUUACCAAGGUCUUCUUCCGGCCUGGCAAGUUUGUGGAAUUUGAUCGCAUCAUGCGCUCGGACCCAGAGAACAUGCUUGCCAUUGUGGCUAAGGUCAAGAAAUGGCUGAUUCGUUCCCGUUGGGUCAAGUCGGCCCUGGGAGCCCUCUGCGUAAUCAAGUUACGCAAUCGAAUCCUGUACCGCAACAAGUGUGUCCUGGUGGCCCAGCGUAUUGCUCGUGGAUUUUUGGCCCGCAAGCAGCACCGCCCACGCUACCAGGGUAUUAGUAAGAUCAACAAGAUCCGAACGAAUACGUUGAAAACCAUCGAAAUAGCCAGCGGUCUGAAAAUGGGGCGCGAUGAGAUCGUUGGCGGAGUCAAUGAGAUCUACAAGCAGAUCGACGACGCCAUCAAAAAGAUCAAGAUGAAUCCGCGCAUAACUCAACGGGAAAUGGAUUCCAUGUACACGGUGGUAAUGGCCAAUAUGAACAAGCUCACCGUCGAUCUAAACACCAAGCUAAAGGAGCAACAGCAGGCCGAGGAGCAAGAACGUCUGCGUAAGAUCCAAGAGGCCCUCGAAGCUGAGCGGGCUGCCAAGGAGGCAGAAGAGCAGCGACUACGCGAAGAAGCCGAGAACAAACGACUCAAAGCGGAAAUGGAAACUCGCCGCAAGGCAGCGGAAGCCCAACGCCUGCGCCAGGAGGAAGAGGAUCGACGUGCUGCCUUGGCUCUGCAGGAGCAGCUGGAAAGAGAGGCCAAGGACGAUGCCAAGUACAGACAGCAGCUCGAGCAGGAGCGACGCGAUCACGAGUUGGCCAUGCGAUUGGCCAAUGAGUCCAACGGUCAGGUGGAGGAUAGUCCGCCAGUUAUACGCAAUGGUGUCAAUGACGCGUCUCCCAUGGGUUCCAACAAGCUGAUCAGUUUUUCACAAGUUGUGUCAAACAUUGCUUCGCGGUACUUAAAUAAAUCGGAGAAUGUUCGGGCCCAGCAGCAGGCUUUGGGCAAGCAGAAGUACGACUUGUCCAAAUGGAAGUACUCGGAGCUGCGUGAUGCUAUCAACACGUCCUGUGAUAUUGAGCUGCUAGAGGCCUGCCGCCAGGAGUUCCAUCGCCGCUUGAAGGUGUAUCACGCCUGGAAGGCAAAGAACCGCAAGCGCACCACCAUGGACGAGAAUGAGCGCGCUCCACGCAGUGUCAUGGAAGCUGCCUUUAAGCAGCCGCCCAUUGUCCAGCCUAUUCAAGAGAUUGUGACGGCCCAGCACCGAUACUUCCGGAUUCCCUUCAUGCGCGCCAAUGCACCGGACAACACCAAACGCGGUCUGUGGUAUGCUCACUUUGAUGGUCAGUGGAUUGCUCGGCAGAUGGAGCUGCAUGCGGACAAGCCGCCCAUUUUGCUGGUGGCCGGCACGGACGACAUGCAGAUGUGCGAGCUUAGCCUGGAGGAGACGGGACUGACGCGCAAGCGCGGCGCUGAGAUCCUGGAGCAUGAGUUUAACCGCGAAUGGGAGCGCAACGGGGGCAAGGCCUACAAGAAUCUGGGUGCUAAGCCAAAUGGGCAAGCAGCUGGCAUGCAGAAGCAGCAAUAAGGACGCACCACUUGGAAAGGCCAGGGCAGUAAUCAAAGGUUGCCAUUUCGGUGGGCAACAGGUCUAAAUUUAUGGCUAUCAAAAUUCCAAAUUAAGUUUUAUCGGAAGACAAAUUUUACUGAAAGUGAUCACGUCCAUAAAAAUCAUUUAGUGAAAUAUAUCUUUUAUUAUAAAUGUCGAGCUUUCAA